CCUCCAUUUCCUUCUUUCUUUUGAUCAAUUCUUCAUUUCCCUACCAAUGGCUUAGAAUCUCUGAAAGUUGAAUAGUGGAACACACACACCCCACCAUACACAAAAGUCUCUCUCUCUCUCUCUCUCUCUCUCUCUCUAAAGCCGUGUAAAUCAGAAUGUUCUGUCAGCCAUUUUGUUGGCGCGCGUCACCUCUUUAUCGACCUUAAUUCAAAACUCAGGAACACGCAGACCCUCUCUCUUUCUCUGCUUCUGGUUUCAUGGUCUAAACCUGGGUUUUUGUGGGCACUCAUGAAACCAGAAGGAAUCAACGAAGAACAGGUACAAAGCUCAACCUUUGCUACAAUUAAAAGCAGUCACCAUGGUGACACAAGCUCCAGAAGAACCAGAGGCGGUGCUGGGUCUUCGAGGUCUGGUGGUGGGAAAUUACUGCCACGAUGUCCUGAUCCGCGACGGCAGAGUUGUGGGUGAGAGCCUUGGUGGUGCUGCGUCCUUCGUCUCCAACGUCCUUGACAACGUCUCCGUCCCCUGUCAUUACGUCUCCAAGGUCGGCCUUGAUUUCGUUUACUCAGUUUCCCACGAACCCAUUUCCUCUCCUUCUUCCAUGACCACUCUCUUCCAUGCCUAUUUCACCUCCGAUCCAGAUACAAAUGGGAAUCAAGACCGUGUCCUCAAAAGGGUUCAUGCCUGUGAUCCGAUUAACCCCUCAGACCUUCCCGAUUCCCAAUUUGAUUUCGGGCUGGCCGUCGGUGUUGCGGGUGAGAUCCUGCCUGAAACCCUUGAACGCAUGCUUGAUAUCUGUCGUGUGGUUUUUGCUGACAUUCAAGGUUUAAUUCGCGUCUUUGAUCCUGUGGAUGGGACUGUGAAGCUUGUUAGCCUCAGAGAGAGUGGCUUCUUUCAUCUCUUGCCUCGGAUUGGGUUCCUUAAGGCUUCUGCCGAAGAAGCUCCUUUUGUUGAUGUUGAAGAGGCACGGAAAUGGUGUUGUGUUGUUGUUACCGACGGGAAGGAUGGUUGUAGGGUUUUCCGGAAAGAUGGGGAAAUGCAUAUUCUGCCAUUUCCGACUGUCCAGGUUGAUCCUACUGGUGCGGGUGAUAGUUUCUUAGGGGGUUUUGUUGCAGGGCUUAUUAGAGGUUUGGCAGUGCCGGAUGCGGCACUUUUGGGCAAUUUCUUUGGUUCACUGACUGUUGCUCAGAUUGGUGUUCCCAAAUUUGACUCGAGGUUGCUGCAGAGAGUAAAGGAUGAGUUAGAAAGGAAGGCACCUUGUAUCAAUGGCUGUGAAAGAAUAGACGAUGGAUCUGAGUUCAAGAAAUCAGCUGAGCAUGAAGAAUUCCAAGCUUACCUUAACAGAGCAGCUAAGCUGCUAUCAAACUACCAUGGCAAGGAAGAUCAGUUGGAUCCCUGUCAUGGCAAGGAAGAUCGAUUGGAUCCACCGAGUCCUGCCCAACGGCCAUUGAUGCUAGAACCCUGCCUCUUUUGAGUGCCAAAGCUGCAGUCUGGUGAUUCACCUUGAAAACAAUAUCUUCAGCGGGAUUUUUGACCCCUUGAUUGUACUGGAGAAGGGUAUUUCAAAGAGGAGAGUUGAUGAUAUCAAUUUUUCUAAGAAUCCAAUACAACAAUAAAUUUACUCUUUUAAGAAUUCAAUGAUAGUAUCAAAUCAUCAUGGUUGAACUUAGGUGAAGAGGUUGAAUAUUGUGCUAUGGUGUUUGCUUCAUAUAAAAUCACUCAAUAUUUAUU